AGAUUGUGCAGGCAGGCACAGGCGGUGAUGGAGGAGCAGACUUGCAUGGUGGGCAGGGGGAGGAGUAUUACUGUGGGACUGCAUCCAUGGAAGUAGGGGAAAGGUGAAGGCUGUCUCCUCCUCUAUUUGCAUCAGCUGUGUUAUUAUCGGGCGGAUGAGGCAGCGGCAUCGUCACAACAGUCAGGAUGCAGAGUGCACGGGAGUACGCCAAUUCCUUAUCGCCCACUGCUCUAAUAAGAUCUGUUACCACGGUCGGUACGUCAUUGACUCGAAAAGUAUUGUUUCCACCGCUUCCUGCACCUCCACAAAAACCAUUUAAGGUUUCGAACUGGGAUAGAAGCAAGAAGAAGGGGAUCGUUGCACGCACCUUAAAGGAACUCAUUGAAAAGUCGAUUGAUGCUUUGUUUAUAACUGUCAGUCUGGUGACACUUGUGCUGGAGGAAGAUGGCACAGUUGUGGACACAGAGGAAUUUUUUCAGUCAUUGGAAGACAACACAUCCUUUUUGCUCCUUGAGGGAAGACAGACCUGGACACGUGGGCGAUCUAUCACCUCUUCAUCUCAGGUGGAGAAGAAAGGCGUAGCAAAUAUAAUUUUGGACGUUUACAAGCUGAACCCUAAAGAUUUUAUCGGCUGUUUAAAUAUAAAGGCUACUUUUUAUGAAAAGUACUCUGUGGCCUUUGAUAUCCAGUGCUUGGGAGCAAAAAAAUUCCUUCGGAAAUUGUUUCAUCUUCUAUCCCAUCUUGCACAGAUUACUGGACAUCUUCUUCUGUACAGCAGCUCUGUUAUGAUGCAAUGGUCCGAAUGUCCUGACGAGGGAGCUCCACAUAAAAGGGAGAGAACUGGCAUCUAAGUGUGGAUUCCAAAAUCAGUGGACUGAUUCAUUAAAACUAGCAGCAGUGAUAUACUAAAUGAUCUGUUCUUUUGUCAUGUACUAGAGAGCCGGAUGUUUUGCAAAAUAUACAAAAAUAGAAAAACCAAUCCCUCUCAUGGAUUUUGUUCUCACUUUUUUGUCACCUAAUGUCCUUAUUUUUUUUUAUAUAUUUUUUUUUUUAUCUUUACCACUUUGUGGAAUCAAGCGGCCUGUAUUUGUGGUAGUUCUUGUUAUUGGCACACUUAGAUAUUGUCUUAUGUUUGAAAAGAGACUGCUUUAAAAACGGUGACCACUGUCCAAGUACACAGGGAACGGGUCUGUAAAAUGUUGUACAAGAUUAAUUUUUAUAUUGUAUUAUGUUUGGAGGUUGUUUUUGGUUUUGAUUUUUUUUACUAGCUGGUUUACAUUUUAAUUAAAGUUUACAUGGUAUUACCACCUUU